AUGUCGGGGAGCAGGGAGGAGGAGAGGAGGAAACUAGCCGACAUCAUCAACCACUGGAACGCGAACCGGCUCGACCUGUUCGAGAUCAGCCGACCCACUGAGGAUUUGGAGUUCCAUGGCGUGAUGCGGUUCUAUUUCCAGGACCGAGUGGCCGGAAACUUUGCCACAAAAUGCAUUCGAGUGUCCAGCACAGCCACAACACAAGACGUAAUAGAAACGCUCGCGGAGAAGUUCAGACCAGACAUGAGGAUGCUGUCGUCACCCAAAUAUUCCCUGUACGAGGUCCACGUGAGCGGAGAAGAGCGGCAGCUGGACUUCGAUGAAAAGCCUUUAGUCGUUCAAUUAAACUGGAACAAAGACGACCGAGAAGGACGCUUUGUGCUGAAGAAUGAAAAUGACAUUUUACCCAAGAAAAACCUGAGUAACGGACCGGACAAAGAGAAGGAUGGGGUGAUUCAAAACUUCAAGAGGACUUUAUCCAAGAAGGAGAAGAAGGAGAAGAAAAAGAAGGACAAGGAGCUUUCACGGAUCCCCGACGGAGACGACCAGAGCCUGUGUCGAGAGGAUGGGGAGAACAGUCGCCUGGCAGCAGAGGUGUACAAAGACAUGCCUGAGACCAGCUUCACCAGGACCAUCUCCAACCCAGAGGUGGUGAUGAAGAGGAGGAGGCAGCAGAAACUGGAGAAACGCAUGCAGGAGUUCAUGAGCAGCGACGGGCGACCUGACUCUGGAGGCACGUUGCGGAUCUACGCCGACAGCCUAAAGCCCAACAUCCCGUACAAGACCAUCCUUCUCUCCACCAGGGACACAGCAGACUUCGCUGUGGUGGAGGCGCUAGAGAAGUACGGCCUCGAGAAGGAGAACCCCCGAGAGUACUGCAUAGCACGGCAAGACGACAAGUCUGGUAAAGAAAUGAUCCUAGAUGACAACGAAUGCCCGCUGCAGAUCUUCAGAGACUGGCCUGCAGACAGAGGAGCACUAGUAUUUCAGUUAAAGAAGAGACCUCCGGAUUAUCUAGGUCGCAAAGGGAGGAAAGGGGACGAAAAGAGCCUUAGGAAGGAUGGAUCGUUGCCACCUGAGAAACUGCCUUAUUUAGUAGAGCUGAGCCCAGGGCGAGGAAAUCACUAUGCCUACUACGCAUAUCGGCACCAUGAAGACGGUUCUGAUUCGCGGGACAAACCAAAGCUCUACAGACUCCAGCACAGCAUCACCGAAGUGGGCUCUGAUUGCACAGACGAUGGAGCCAUACAGCUGCUGGGCCCGGGCAUCCUCCCCCAUCACUGUAACCUCAUGCACAGCGAGGGCAUGGUCACCGUGACGCCCCAUGGCCCUGACGCAGACACAUUUGUCGAUGGACAGCGCAUCGCGGAGACGACCGUGCUGCGCUCAGGGUCCACCAUCCAGUUUGGCUCUGCCCACGUCUUCAAGUUCGUGGACCCCAUGUUUGACCAGGGAGGAAAGGGCCAAACAGCCGCCAUGAUGAGGGGGAGACAUAAAUCUGGAAGUGUAGCAGAAACGACUUUUGACCUUCACGGAGAUGUCCAUAGUGGAGCCGCACUGCCGACAAGCAAGAGCUCAGGGAAACUGGAUAUGGAGCGAGGCAUGGUGAAGCCGAUGAUUCGAGCGGAGCAGCAGGACGGCAGGGCUCAGGACGCUCAGGGGGACAGGGCAGAGAUGACUCUACCAGCCAGCAUCGAGUUCAGAGAAAACUCUGAAGACACGUUUCUGUCGGCCAUCAUCAACUACACCAACAGCUCCACUGUGCACUUCAAACUGUCGCCCACGUACGUGCUGUACAUGGCGUGCCGCUUCGUGCUGUCCUCGUCCUACCGGUCCGACAUGUCCCCCUCGGAGCGCACCCACAAGGUCAUUGCCAUAGUCAACAAGAUGGUGAGCAUGAUGGAGGGAGUCAUACAGAAGCAGAAGAACAUUGCUGGUGCUCUGGCCUUUUGGAUGGCCAACGCCUCCGAGCUACUCAACUUUGUCAAACAGGACCGCGAUCUCAGCCGCAUCACGCUGGACGCUCAGGACGUCCUCGCACACCUCGUCCAGAUGGCCUUCAAGUACUUGGUUCACUGUCUACAGGCUGAUUUAAAUAACUACAUGCCUGCCUUCCUGGACGACCCAGAGGAGCAUAAUCCACAGAGGCCCAAAAUAGAGGACGUCCUGCACACGCUCACGGGGGCCAUGUCGUUGCUGAGGCGCUGCCGGGUGAACGCGGCUCUGACCAUCCAGCUCUUCUCUCAGCUCUUCCACUUCGUCAACAUGUGGCUCUUCAACAAACUGGUGACGGACAGCGACUCGGGCCUGUGCUGCCACUACUGGGGCGCCAUCCUCCGGCAGCAGCUCAGCCACAUCGAGGCCUGGGCCGAGAAGCAGGGACUGGAGCUAGCCGCGGACUGCCACCUUAGCAGAAUAGUGCAGGCCACUACGCUACUCACAAUGGAUAAGUACUCGAUGCAGGACGUGCAGAACAUCCACAACACCUGCUUCAAACUCAACUCUCUGCAGCUGCAUGCGCUCAUGAGCAACUACCACUGUGCACCCGACGAGCCCUACAUCCCCCCUGAGCUGAUUGACCAUGUGGUGGCAGUAGCAGAGAACACUGCAGAUGAACUGGCCCGCAGUGAUGGGCGAGAGGUGCAGCUGGAGGAGGACCCGGAUCUACAGUUACCCUUCCUGCUCCCAGAGGACGGAUACUCCUGUGACGUGGUGCGCAGCAUCCCCAACGGAUUGCAGGACUUCCUGGACCCGCUGCUACAACGAGGGUUUUGCCGACUGACGCCACACCCCCGCUCCCCUGGCACUUGGACCGUCCACUUUGAAGGAGCCGACUGUGACAGCCACUUCUCCACAGCAGACAGCUCUGAGGUGCCAAUGAGGAAGGAGCCGGAAGUCGUCACGGUGACCCUGAAGAAGCACAAUGGCAUGGGACUCAGCAUCGUGGCUGCUAAGGGGGCUGGUCAGGAGAAACUGGGCAUCUACAUCAAGUCCGUGGUCAAAGGAGGAGCAGCUGACGUGGACGGGCGUCUGGCAGCAGGUGACCAGCUGCUGAGCGUCGAUGGCCGCAGCCUCGUUGGCCUGUCCCAAGAAAGAGCGGCAGAGCUGAUGACCAGGACGGGCUCAGUGGUGACUCUGGAGGUGGCCAAGCAAGGAGCCAUUUACCACGGACUAGCAACGCUGCUAAACCAGCCCAGCCCCCUGAUGCAGAGAGCUUCAGACCGGCGAGAGAAGAACGGUAAACUGCGACCAAAGAGCGAGGGUUUUGAGCUGUAUAACACCUCGGUGCAGAACGGGUCUCCAGAGAGCCCCCAGGGAGCCUGGGAGUCGUACCCAGAACCAAAGAAGAGCAGCGAAGACCGUCUUCUCAAGAACCGGGCCGACCACCGCUCCAGUCCCAACGUGGCCAACCAGAGCCAGAGUCCUGCAGGAAAAGCCGUUUACCCCGGAGGUCCUGGCACUAAGAUCACCUCUGUGUCCACUGGAAACCUGUGCGCUGACGAUGAGCCCUCUCCACCGCACCCUGAAGCGUACCCCAUUCCCACACAGACGUAUCCCAGGGAGUACUUCACCAUCCCAGCCUCCAAAAGCCAGGACCGGGGCGUGGCUCCAGGACAGGGCCCUCCUCAGCACUGGCAGGGCAUGGACGACAGGGAGAGGAUGUCUAUGGGCGACAAUAUACACAAUAGUAUGCAGAGAGUGAACCACUCACAAGAGGAUCUGUAUCCCCCUCCUGGAAGCAUGAGGCCCGACAUGCAGCCCCACUACCACCAGGACUACCCCCAUAUGGACUACCAGCAUCGGGAAAUGGACUACCAGAGGCCGCCCCCUGGAGGAGGUCCUGAAAUGUGGGCGCCCCAGCCCCAGAUCCCCUCGUCGCUCGAGUCGUCCACCUCCAGUCAGGAGCACCUAAACUUCUCUGCUGCAUCGAGUUCCUCCAACAAAAGUGGAACUCUGAAAACAGGCCCUGGCCGAUGGAAGACCCCCAACGCACCUCACGCCCCGGUCCCCCCUCACCCCUCUCACCCCUCUCAGCCACCGUCCCGCUCAGACCUGCCUCCCCCUCCUCCCCCUCCCCCUGCGGCCUACCCCGACCCCUUCGACCCCUACGAGCCCCAGAGCGAGCUGCCCCUGCCGCCGCCACCCAGCGCCGUGGGCUCUGCCGCAGCACAACAGGCUGCUGACCGCAAGAAGCGCGAAGAGCAACAGCGGUGGUACGAGAAGGAGAAGGCUCGGUUGGAGGAGGAGAGGGAGAGAAAGAGGCGGGAGCAGGAGAGAAAGCUGGUUCAGAUCCGAGGCAAUCCGGUGAUGCCCGUCCAGCCGCACAACAACGGCGGCUCCAUGCCCCCCCAUCACCACCAGCCGCCCAUGGCCUCUGUGGCCCCGCCCCAGCCCUAUAUGCCUCCCCCUCAGCCCCCGUCCCGGCCAGAGAAGUUGUCGAGUCUGCCCCGAUCGGCUGUCCCUCCACCCGCCUCUGGCCCCAGUCCUGGCAACGGCAUGGACACCGUGAUCCGAGACCUCCUGCCGCAGCAGCAGCCGCGCACCAUCGAGCGGCGGGACCUGCAGUACAUCACCAUCAGCAAAGAGGAUCUGUCCAGCGACAGUCUGUCCCCCGACCCCUGGAAGAGAGACGCCCGCGAGAAGGCCGAGAAACAGCAGCAACUGCACAUUGUUGACCUCCUGGACAAGGAGAUCCAGGACCUACAGGCCAAACCGGAGCGGACGGCGGAGGAGAGCGACCGGCUGAGGAAGCUGAUGCUGGAGUGGCAGUUCCAGAAGCGGCUGCAGGAGUCCAAACAGAGUGACGACGAAGACGAGGAGGAGGACGACGAAGACGUGGACACAAUGCUAAUCAUGCAAAGACUAGAGGCCGAGAAGAGAGCCAGGCUGCAGGACGAGGAGCGCAGACGCAAGCAGCAGCUGGAGGAGAUCCGCAAACGGGAGGCUGAGGAGCGAGCCAAGCAGGAGGAAGAGCGGAGGUGGAGGGAGGAGGAGAGGAACAACAGAGAGGCCGACGAUAAGAGGAGGCAGGAGGAGGAGUACUACACCCGCCUGGAGGCGGAGCGGCGGCGGCAGCACGACGAGGCCCAGAGAAAGCUGCUGACGCCGGACGAGCCGGCCGGUCUGUAUCGGCCCCCGCUGCCCCGGGACUACCAACCCCCCGCCCCGCACAACCCGUCUACUAACACGCCCCCACCCCCCCCACAGAGAAACACCUCCUACCUCAAAACGCAGGUGGCGUCCCCCGACACGCUCUACACCGCCAAGUACGUGUCCAACGCCGACGAUGAAGACGAAGAGGAAGUCCCCAACGCAGGAAGCGGCGGCGGCCAAUCAGGUCAGGCCAAGCUGUCGGCGACCCGGAAGUCCUAUGGCGACCUCCCGGCCUCCGUCUCAGCCAAUCACAGCAAGCCUCAGCCGCCGCCCACUGCGCGCAAGCCACGCCCUGUUUCUGAUGGCAUCUUCCUGUCUGGCUCGUUCCAGCCGCCACUCAACAACUCCAACAGUACAGGCCCCCCCCUUCCUGCCAAACCCAGCUUCAUCCAAUCAGGAGGCCUCAAAGGAUCUAACUCAUACACUGGAAACUCUGCGGGACUUGUAGGAUCCGGAGAGAUCUAUAAGGACAAAUGGACAAAGAGUCAGGAGCAGGAGAACUCCAUCCCUGGCGGAGCCCCGGAGAGCAUGACCUUUAAGGAACGCCAGCGACUCUUCUCUCAGGGGAAGGAGGUGUCCAACAAGGUCAAGGCGUCCCGCAAACUCAUGGAGCUGGAAAACGAGCUCAACACUAAGCAGUAG